GUACCACUCAAACUAUUUAUAUAUUGGAAGUCAGUAUAUAUACACAGAGUUUUUAUAAAAUAGGAAUAUACAUCUUGCCAUCUCUUGUCGCCAUCUAUUCUUGUCCAACUCAUAUCUUUCGAGGACUAUAGAAUAGAAUGCUUCAAGCAAUAUAUUCCCUCCCAAUAUGGGCACUCAUUACGAUCCCAGUAUCCGUUUACAUCCUAUAUAUCGUCACCCUCGCAAUAAUAGACCCUCUCCGCCAUAUUCCAGGACCGUUCCUCGCACGCUUUUCUCGAGCUUGGUAUUGCUGGGAAAUAUACAAAGGUCAUUUUGAACGUACCAAUCAUCAACUACACACUCGCUAUGGCCCUAUUGUCCGCAUUGCACCGCAUGAAUACUCAAUUGAUGAUGUUGAUGCUGCCAAAGUCAUCUAUUCUAUAGGUGGAAGCAAUUUCCCAAAAGCACCAUGGUAUCGGGCAUGGCAGCCUACGAAUGUGAAUACAGAUGGGCUAUUUAGUGAUCUUGAUCCACAUCGCCACUCUGCAAAUCGACGGAAGGUCGCAAAUUACUAUAGUAUGAGUUCUAUGGUUGGGUACGAAUACUAUGUGAAUAAUUGUACUGAAUCACUCUCACGACACUUCAUGAAAUCGGCAAUUUCGGGAGAUUUGAUAGAUAUGCAACAUUGGCUGCAAUGCUAUGCGUUUGAUGUUAUUGGAGAGAUUACAUUUGGUCAACCCUUUGGCUUUUUGGACAAGGGAGAGGAUCGGGAUGGUGUGUUUAAGGCAAUUGAUGCUGGAGGAUCGUACUCUACAUUUGUCGGGAUUUGGAGUUGGCUUCACGCUUGGAUAUUUCCGUUAUUGCCUGCUACUGGCGGGUUUGCAUAUAUAGUAAAGUUCACAGCGGACAGAAUUUUGGAAAAGGAAAAUUUGUUGAAAGAACGAAGAAGUGGCGACAAGGAAAAAGAGGGCACUGCGGAUUUUGUGACGAGAAUUCUGUCGGCUUCUGAGAAGGACCCAGGGAAGAUCACGAGAGGCGAUUUGGCUGUCACUUGCCAGUCCAACGUUGGUGCAGGAAGUGAUACAACAGCUAUUACCCUUUCGAGUGUGCUCUACCAUUUGUUGAAGCACCCACAUACUUAUCAAAAGCUGCGAGACGAGAUCGAAAUUGCGGCAAAGGAGGGAAGAGUAUCAGAUCCUAUUACUUUCAAGGAGGCUCAAGGACUACCGUAUCUGCAGGCGGUCAUCAAAGAAGGAUUAAGAGUCCAUCCUGCUGUUGGUCUGGGGCUACAACGAAUCGUGCCAGCCGGAGGCACUACCAUUGCAAAUCAAUUCAUACCAGGUGGCUCGACAGUUGGCAUCAAUGCAUAUGUAGCUCAUAAAAAUACUUCUGUCUGGGGCUCGGAUGCGGAUCAAUGGAGACCCGAAAGAUGGCUCGAAAUUGCGGAGCAAAGCCGAGGCGGAGAGGUAGAAAAGUACUUCUUCUCUUUUGGCAUGGGAUCGAGAACUUGUAUUGGCAAAAACAUUAGUUUGUUGGAACUCAGCAAAUUGAUACCGCAAUUGGUGAGAAGAUUUGAUUUUGAGUUGGAUGCGGAUGUGGAGAGAAAUGGAGGAUUGUAUUCUUUGAACAGAUGGUUUGUCAAGCAACAGAAUUUCAGGGCAAGGGUUUUGAGAAGAGGGAAGGAUGGUGGGAUGGAAUAGGAUCGAAUUUUCUCUUAUGUUUUCAAAGUUUUGGUUAGGAUUGUUGAUUUCCGAAAUUUGGUACUUGAAAAUCAGAUCUCAAACAAUAGGUGGUAGGGAAAUAUUUAGGAUAUGAUUGGAUAGGGAAAUCAUCUUGGAACAAAUCAUUUAUCUCAAUUCAGAUUCAAUUGUUCUGUGGUUCUUGAUGAAAAUUGUAAGAAUUCUACGAUACUAUCAAACAAUCAAAAUAUUUGUAUCGACAUCGAUUCUUCAGACACGAUUAUGUAAAUCCACGCUAAAUAUAGUUCCCACUCAUAAAUCCAUGACCUCACUAUCUUUCCA